GUUGCGCCUGACUGUUGACAGCAGCAUUGUUGGGUAUCCCUUUCUGUUUCUAUUAUAACUUUUACAAAUAUACCUCACAUUCGCUGGACGGAGCUUAUUCCAUGCUGGAAUACCUACCUUUCUCACUCCAUUUCCCAGGAGUCUAGUUGCAGCCUGUCAGAACAUACCGAAGAAAACGAUCCAGGAGCUACAAGUAUGGAAAAAUAACUCAUUUUUUGGAUAACCAUCUUUUAUUGGAAAUAGGCCGUAGAGGAAUUAUAGUCGAGAAGAGCAAUGGCAGACUUAAAAGCGUGUAAAGUAUGUAACUUCAGCCGUCAAAAGUCUUUCGGAGUUGUGGUGUCUUCUUUGCAUCAACUGAAAGAGAAAGGAGGGGAAUCUUUGGGAUUUCCACCAGAGACGGCAGUGUCUGUGGUGCUUGAGGACGAUGGCACCAUUGUGGCAGAUGAUUCCUAUUUCCUGUGCUUGCCCGCCAACACUAAGUUCAUGCUGUUGCAUGAUAAAGAGGCCUGGGGCCCCACAAAGAGAAUCGAUGGUGGAACCGCUUGGUUAAGUAGAGAGUCCAUUCUUCUGGAGUCGGAUGACGUGGAUGGAAUGUUCAGUGGAACCGACUCCUGGCAGAGUUUGGCUGCCCAGCUGAAGCAGGACCUCGCUAGCAUCAUUCAGCUGUCGGAUGCAGAGCUCCAGAUGCUGGUGGAUGUGCCAUGUGACCAGCUGGCCCCAGCCCUGGGCUUCCCCCAGAAGAAGGCUCAGGCUCUGCAGGACACACUGCAGAGCGUGCUGGACCGGCGUGAGGAGAGCAGGCAGUCCAAAGAGUUGCUGCAGCUUUACCUCAAGACCGUGCAGGGAGAGCAGCAGGCGGCCAGUCAGCUGGUUGAAGCUGAUUCGAUAGAUAUGGAUGAGACCGACGGGCUGGAGGUGGAUCCACACUCAGGGUUUUGCUCCAGGACUCUGAUGGUCUUAAAGGGCAAAACGAGCCCAGAGACAAGGCUAUCCAAUCAGGAACUACAGAUGGUGGUGAGCCAUGGGGCCAGCUCUAUGCAGCAGGUGCUAGGCUUGGACGCGGACAGGACGGCCGCCCUGGUGCAGGCCUGCCAGACCGAGCUUGAGGAUCGUCUCCAGAAGGUGCAGACCCUCCGGUCCCUCAGCACACAGUCCCAAGAGGCAGGCGAUGCCUCCACUACCUCCACCUCCACCACCACUACCACCACAGAGGAUGCGGACCAGACAGAGGCCAAACGCAGCAAAUAGAGUAGGGAAACGAAAACAAUGUAUUGAAAAAAUGUUAUGUGCUUUUUUUUUUUUUUUUUUUUUUGGGGGGGGGGGUUGGAGUCAUCUCAUAAGAGGAAAUUGAGUAUUUUGCAGGGAUGGUUAUAGCAGAGAUCCUAAGAUAAAGAGUAUAAUUAUAAAUCUUAUCCAGUCUCUCUGAUUAUAGUGGACCAAAUAUUUUGUGUUAUGUGGCACUGACGUGUCUAUAUUUUUUUACUGCAAGGUACUUUUUUGUUACAAAAAAAUGUGUUGAUUCAUGCAUCUUCUCUAUGUGCCAAAAUCGGCAAAGAGCAUUGAAUGCUGACGGUAGGAGCUGUACAGAAUUUGACAGUUUCAGUUCAAAUCUUUUUUGGAAAUAUGAAAACACGGCCCAUCCUAAGCUGAUUAAACACGAAGAGAAGGAAAGAAUCCCAAAAUCAGCAAUGGUGGUAGGCGUUUCAUGUGCCCAAUUCCCCUCGACUCACAAUAGUCAAGACUCCCAAUUUACCAGCAUUGUGUCUCUUAUACACCUGCUCUUAUGGUGUUUUUCUCUGGGAAUGAGUCAGAAGUGUUUCCCCCUAAAAAGCAAGACGUUCACUAUACUGCUCACAAAAUGAAAGGAACUCUAAAAUAAAUACUACAUUUUAAAAAUCAGUUGGUUGAAUGUUUCAGUUGAACAUCUUUAUUAAUCACAUAAUGGAAUGCGCUUUUACAGUCUGGUUUCACAGAAGUGUGAUUGACUCUGAGUUCUUUUGUGUUGUUUUGCUGUUCCCAUUAUUUUCUGUGAGCAGUAUCUAUAUCAUGUGAGCUCUCAUUGUACUUGUAUGUGACCUCAUGAGCAGAGAGGGAGAGAAGGACACAAGGGAGUGCAGAGUGGUUGUUUGCACGUCUCGCACCAACCAGCACCAUGUUGCUCCUUUCAUAUUAUGAGAAAUUGAUUAGAAAAGAAGGUGAUGUAAAUUAUAAAAAUGCCCAUAGGCCACACUAGCUGAGCUAGCAUGAAGUCGAUACUGAUACCGAGUCCCAUGAUACGGAAAUGGGAGCGCAGACCCCAUCAUGUCUAUGCAAAUGUCAGUAGAGAAAUCGCACGACUUUCCGAAUGCUAAGUAAUUUGCUGGUCUUAAUUAUGUCGUUUGUGUGUGCGUGUGUUUAUGCGUCUGUACCCUUGAGUGGGUUUUAUCCAUUAGGCUUGACCAUUAAAUUAAAAUUGAUUUUCAUCUGUGUUCA